AUGAAUGACAUGAGCCUGCCGCCACCCCCUCCGCCGCCUCCGCCGCCGGAGGAGCAGGCGUUUGAUGGAAAUCCCUUCGGCUCACUUGUCCAGCCGGCGCCCCUGAUCUUGAGGUGCAAAGUGGCUCUUUUGGGAGACUCUGCGUCAGGAAAGACCUCCUUGGCACAAGUUUUCCAGGGGGGCGCGCAAAGCUUUCCGAAGAACUACAACAUGACGAUCGGUAUCGACUUCCUCGUCAAAAGGGUGAGUAUACCAGACACCAACGUCGUCGUGGAAUUGUAUAUCGUGGACUGCGGCGGCUUCGCUGUUUGCCAGGACGUGCUGAGGCCUCACUGGGAGAACGCCAAUGCCGUGAUGCUGGUCUACGAUGUUUCGAACCCUGAAAGCUUUGGCCACCUGGAAGACUGGUACGCCCAGCUGAAGCACGCCCGGGGCGACAGCGCCAUCUCGGGAGUAGUUAUCGCCACCAAGACGGACCUGCUUGAUCGACCGGGCUGCGUGUCGUCGGAGCAGGGACACCAGUUCAGUGGCGAGAGAGGCUUGGAGUUCUUCGAGACGUGCUCUGGGAAAGGGAUCGUCGAUGCUCCGCCUGGAGCUUAG